UAACAAUAACCGAAGUGUAUGGGCUAUUAUAGGGAACAGGCGUGUGCCCCGAGGAAAUCGUCCCAAUAAAGCAAGAGGCCAGUCCUUAAAAAUGCGACACACACACAGAGAGAGAGAGAGAGAGUUUGAUAUAAAACAACUGGAAACACGAACCCUGUUAUUACAUAAAAAUGGGUUUGGUUCGUGCACAGACACGUUAUGUCAACCGUGAAUUCACAUCUCUCUUCCGCCUAUUAUGGCUUUCAUUUCAGUGGGGGAAAGUGCGCUGUUAGACUGAUAGUGGCAGUAGUCCUCACCUGGGGUCACUUUGAAUCAAAGCGAACUUGAGCGCCUCUGACUCCGAAGAUCUCAGUUUAGGAGGAGUUUGUGACUCCCGUAGCUCUCCUGGGACCUUUACCGUCGCGUUUCGCACAGCGUGCGAGCUGGGCCGAGCGGUGACAAUUACUGGGACGUGGCGAGACCUCUCGUAGUGCAAACUUCGGUCUCCUGCCCGAGUGAACACACUCUGGGAAAUGAGCCAGUCCAGCCAAACUAACCGGCGGGUACCCUGUACCAAGACCUGGUCAGGGGGCGAGAAAAUGAGGUCGGGCGACGCGGUGAGCGCUCCCGGCAUGUCGCUAAAAACUGAGGAAAGUCGGGUUUAUUUCAGCAAAACCUCAACGGGAAGCGAUGCUGUCAGACUGAGAGAAUCCGGCGAUGCAGACGCAAACAUUUACGGACCCGGGCACAGUAGUCCGCAAACCUGUGCCAUGGAAAAACACUGCUGCCAAACAGCCGCUGUUCCUCGGGAGUUGUUAAACGCCGAACGCCGUGUGGGCAGCAGCCCCUCUCUUUCUGCCUGCGCCACGAUCUCAGACACGGCCAGGGAGCUCUGCAAAGCUGUGUCUGUGUCGCUGGGUCUGGCCAUGGAGUCCGGUGACACGAGCGACAUGGACGCCGCUCUCCCCCCGUGUGCUGCGAAUGACCAUGUGCGCGGCGGGAGCUUAUUCGGAGCCGGAGCCGUGGCUCCGAGCUGUCCCGGAGCCCAGGCUCUUGGCGCCGAAUACAGCGCGUCCGACAGAGACGGCCGGCCCCUGCACGGGCAGAAGCAACUGGUGGAAGUGUUCAAAAGUUCGGAGACUGCUACGCCUCUGCACCACUUCACCUCCACUCGGACAUCUGUGGGGGAGCAAAACUUCACACUGUGCGAGCCCGACGACCUAACUUCAGUGCGCGCUGCCUCCUGUCCUUAUGCUCCAUCCGGGCCAGGAGGCUUGGCACACUUCGGCCACACGGCCACAGAGCGGCCGUGUCGGGUCUACAAACCCCCCGAUGAAGCGAGGGACACCGCGGAGGCCAUGGAGAACAAGUUCGGUGGUCAUCAGCCACAACAUUACAGCGUCAAAGUCAAAUCUGAGGACAGUGAAUCUGCCGGGGCGUUGUGGGCCAGUAAUUACACCUUUAAUGAGAAGUACAACUCUCAGUUUUGGGCUUCGAGGCACUGCGUAAAUGCGCACGACACAGGAGCCAACGCCGCCUUCAUAUGUAAUCCAUGUGAGAGGAGCGUCAUGCGUCCUGAACAGUGGUACCCUGGUGGGAUGCUGAGGCCGACCCAUCCCAACUCCAGCUACAUGAAGACUGAAGUCGGCGAAUGGUUGAAUGUCACCUACAACGACACAAGGUUUGAGGCUGGCAGAGAGCACAUGUUCCCCAUGGAGUUCUUCUUUCCACCACAGAGGACGUGCCUGAUUUGUUCAGAUGAGGCAUCUGGCUGCCACUACGGUGCACUCACCUGUGGCAGCUGCAAGGUUUUCUUCAAAAGAGCUGCAGAAGGCAAACAGAAAUACCUGUGUGCAAGCAAAAAUGACUGUACUAUUGAUAAGCUAAGAAGAAAGAAUUGUCCGUCUUGUCGGCUGAAGAAGUGUUUUGAAGCUGGAAUGACUCUCGGAGCACGUAAACUAAAGAAGAUUGGACAACAGAAAAACCCUGAAGAGGAUCAUCCUGUACAGGACCCUGCAGAGGUCAUCCAGAAUAUCUCUCCUAAAUCAGGCCUGAACUUGAACUCCCAGCUGGUCUUCCUCAACAUCCUGGAGUCCAUUGAGCCUGAAGUGGUGAAUGCAGGACACGACUAUGGCCAACCAGACUCAGCUGCCACCCUGCUCACCAGCCUCAAUGAGCUGGGAGAGAGACAACUGGUCAAAGUGGUCAAAUGGGCCAAAGGACUGCCAGGUUUUAGAAAUCUCCAUGUGGACGACCAAAUGACGGUCAUUCAACAUUCAUGGAUGGGGGUGAUGGUGUUUGCCCUGGGAUGGAGAUCCUAUAAGAACGUCAAUGGCAGGAUGCUUUACUUCGCCCCAGAUCUUGUGUUCAAUGAACAACGGAUGCACAUUUCCACCAUGUAUGAGCACUGCAUACGGAUGAGACAUCUUUCACAGGAGUUGCUGCUGCUGCAGAUUACUCAGGAAGAGUUUCUCUGCAUGAAGGCCUUGCUCCUCUUCAGCAUUAUUCCAGUUGAGGGUCUGAAGAGUCAGAAGUACUUUGAUGAGUUGCGUCUCACCUACAUCAACGAACUUGAUCGGCUCAUUAACUAUCGAAUGACGACUAAUUGUUCUCAGAGGUUCUACCAACUCACCCGACUCCUGGACUCUCUCCAGAUGACAGUAAAGAAGCUCCAUCAGUUUACAUUUGACCUUUUUGUCCAGGCUCAGUCUCUCCACACCAAGGUCAGCUUUCCAGAGAUGAUUGGAGAAAUAAUCUCAGUACAUGUACCAAAGAUCCUGGCAGGUUUGGCUAAACCAAUCUUAUUUCACAAGUAGAAGGAUUUUUUUUUUAAUCAAAAAAUGACUCAGCUUUGCUGCCUCCUGCCUCCAACUUUAACAAAGGCUUUGCACUGUUUCCUUAUGUGUUUGAUCUAAUAGCUCUUAGCCCUGUCCCAUAAUCAUUAUUUUGUUUCUCAAUUUUUUUUCCUUUUAGCCAUAAUGGAGAUUGUUUGUUCAGAACUGUUAAAGUUUUUUUCUGAAGAGCUGCAAGCCAUCACCUGUUGAUCGCUCUGUUGUUUCUGAGUGGAGAGAUUGUGUUUUCAGCCUUAGCAAUGAAGCUACUUUCCACACACAUUAAGUCUGUAAAUCAUGACUACAGCAGCGUAAAGUAGCAGGGUUAAAAACACUCACCAAAAUCUGUUUAAAUAAUUACUGCCGUCAGACGCAAGCUCCUACUUGUGAAAUAAAGAUCGGCAAAUACAACUUGGAAGGCAUUUAAGUGCUUAAAAUAAGAAAUGUGUUGGUUUUAGAUUUGUUUUAAAAAUUCACACUUUUUAACUUCAACAUAUUUUUUUUAUUAUUAAACUUUCUAACUAAUGCACAGAAUUCUAAAAUCGUGGUAUGACAUUAAAUGUGCCAUUAAACAGUGUAGAAUGGACCAGAUUCAUUACUGUAGCAAUCAGUAUAGAUAAGAUUACAAAUGUAAAACACAAACUUGAUGUUGUCGUGAUACUUUAUGCACAUUAAACCUAGAAUAUUAGAUUUGCUGAAAAAACAAAACAAAACACGAUUUUCCUGGUGUAUUAAUGUACAGUAGUUGUUGUGCCGCAGGUGGUUAAUUCAGGAUAAAGCCUGUGUGGACAUGUGAUUUCUCAAUUAUAAACAAAAAGUAAAUAGUGAAAUUAAAAAUUGAGUAGAGUACUAGUUAUUAAUAUGGAAAUUCAACUAUUUAAUAAUUACAUCAUUGUUACUACCACUAGUGAGCUCACGUGCUUCUCAAGCAGGUAGGGUCGAGGAAAAUUCUCCUCCAGUUGUAUUUACCGCUUCUUUGACUAUUCACCAAAGUGUUUCUGACGGCAUUCAGAAUAAAUUCAAAGGCUUAUUUACCUCAUCUUUGAGAGAGACAGUGGAGAAGAUGGCAAGUCAUGUCAGGUCGUAGAACAGGUGCUGUGUCUGGUAGUAGCCAUACAACCAAAACCUCAAACUGUGUAUUUUAAACAUAAAGAAUACUUCACUAUUUACUCUUGUCUACUUCUGAAAUCAAAUAUCAUACAGGCUCAGUAAUACAAUUCCUAAAAAGUACAGCAUAGUGUAAAAUUUCAGCUAAAUGACAGCCAUAAAAGAAACAUUCUGAGUUAUACUACACUGUUAAACUUCAAAUACGAUUUACACACUUGUUACCAGAAUUAAAGAUUACUUUAAAGUACUUCAGCAUUUACACAAAUUAUCUUCACACAGUAAACUGGCCUUGUUUGACUGAGCCAACGCAGCACACUGCAGACAUCUCCAGGGAGACACUUCAUGCUUAUUGUCGAUGAUGUUUUCUUGAUGUUACUAAUUUUAAAGCAUUAGCUUAUAAAUAUGUAGUGGGGAAACUUGUUAAAGCAGGUACUUGGCAUAAGUGAAGUUGGAGAAAAUUGGAAAGGUCGUUAAUACGUUUUGAUACUGUAUUACUCCAACGCACAGCUUCAAAAUCAAUUUAGCUACGAUAAUUAAAUAUUAGGAUGACUUUACAGUCAACUCUAAAGGCAUUUUUGUCAAGAAGAUCCGUGAUAAAACUAAAAUAAAGUCAUCAGUUGACGGCGUAAUGCUGUGAGCGGCGGGUUGCAGCAGCAGGGACUGGGAGACAUGUAGAGACUCAAGGAAGGAGGUUGGCACCAAAUACAGACAAAUACUGAAUGAGAACUUGAUUCAGAGUGCCAGAGGUCUUAGGUUAGAGCAGUGACGUUCCAACUGGACAACAAAACUGGAAGGCCCUCAGAAGCAGCUACAAUGUGAACCCGACUGGGCCUGCCAAACCUCAGAGAUAAACAUUUUACAUACAACUACACUCUACGUGAGGCAGAGUGUAAUUUAGACUGAAGUUGUAUCUUUCGGUAAAAGAGCUAUAAUCGUAGCAGAUUGUAACUUCUCUCAAUCCGGCUGUUCCGUGUGUAUUACAAUCCAACACAAAAAAAACUUGUGUGGCUUAUUCACUAUUGUUCAAUAAUUUUCAACAAUGUUUUAUAACUCUGUAAAUUCAACACUUUUUAACGUUUUCUUUUACAAGCUUGUAUAUACAUGCAUCAUGUGUUUGUAUAACUGUAUGUGUAACUUUUGGCUUUACAGAGGGCAAUGCAUGGACAUCUAUGUAUCCUUCCAAUUACCUGUUUAUUGUAUACUAAUUGAUAGUGUCAUCAGUGUUCAAUGCACGGGACAUCUGUCAAAGGCAUGAUGACAAUUUGUUGUAGAGUGUACAGUGAUACGUUGACGGACAGUUUCAGUUUUUUAAAACGGAUUCAUUCAUAAACUAUGGUGAAGCGUGCAGAAUACUUUACUUCCUCUGCACAAGUUGAUGUCCUCAUGUCUUUAUCUUGUCUCUUUUUUUUUUUAUACAACAUUUGCUAUGUGAAAAGGAAGGAGGGAGAAAAGGGAAUCCAGUAGCUAUGGACGAGAAGAAAUGAUCCAUGAGACUUGACCCCACCACACCAACUAAUCAUAGCCGUGAAACUUUAAUAAAGCGUGUCUUCGGUCAUGGCAGUAAAUUGUAAGAUUGAAACUAAACAGAAAUCUGACAAGAACCCAGAUAAUAUAUUUUUCAUGUGCAAAAACAGUCAAAUGAGUAGCAGUAUGUUGUAGUUCGCUUUUUUUAAUGCUUUAGCUUUACCAGUGGAUCACGCAUCUCAAUGAGCCACAUACUGUAGACGCCCCUCUACAUUUUUAAUACUAAAAUGAUUAGGCCACAGUGUUUGUAUGAUGUCAAUGAACAAUAGCUGGUAUGUGCCCAGUGUACUGCAUAUUAAACUGGUUCUUUGUACAUGAAACAGUAACUGUAUAUAUUGAUUAGUUUAAUGUCUGUUUUGGUGUCCAGACACUUGACUUUUGAAGUAAUCUCUUGUAUGAUUUAUACCUUUUGUGACCUUUGUGAUUUUCAAUGGUGUUAAACUGCAUCAUCUUUUAAAAUUAAUUAAAAUAAUUCUGAAUCUGACCAUGGGAGAAGGGUUUGUUUGAAAGUUCAAGUGAUUGUACAAACUGAAUAAAGUUAGUGGAGGGGGAACUUUGUCAUUUUCACUAGAAAAAACUAUUGAAAGGUUCUUCUAUGCUUGGAACAACUCAGAUUUAAGCUAUUGAGAGGCUCAACUUUUAUUUCAGUUUAAUAGUUUGCAUUUUAACUUACAUAAACUCCAUGACAGCAGCGCAAGAGGGCAAAUUAAACUUGGGAAUACAAAAUAACAUUUAGGCCUUUCCAAAGUCCAACUCCACUUUCCUCGUUUGUUAACAAGCUCUCUUAAUCAUACUGGAGUAACAAAUCGAGAAAUGUACCGUAGAGCACAAUUAGUAAGCAUG